AUGGGUAACCAUUCGAAUCGUCUUACUGCGCAUACUUGGAGUCCUAAUCGACUGGAACAGACGACUGGUUUAUCUCAAGAUCAAAUCGAUCAAUUUCACGCGAAAUAUAUCGAAGCAUCGGAACACGAUGGCGCAAUGAAUAUGAAUAAAUUUACUCAAUUAUAUUCUCAUCUUCCAUGGGGAAAUUCCGAGCAUUUGCAAGAUCGUGCAAUGCACUUAUUUCGUGCUUUUAAUCGAGAUCACAAUGAUAUAUUAUCAUUUGAUGAAUUCCUUGCUGCUAUUAUCUUUAUCGAUUAUGAACUUAAUCGAAAUCAGAGAGAAAUCUCGUCGAAUAGCGACGAUGUACAGUGUUAA